CAUCGUCCGGUGUGCCCCACUCGACGGACACGACCAGUUCGGCCGGGUUCGGCGAAUCGCAGGUGGUGGCCGUACAAAGGCGCCGUUCGGUGGUGCCGCAGGCGAGUACGGCCUCGUCGGAGAAACGGCGGCGCCGACGACGACGUAGCCGACCCAGCAGGGAAGGUGCAUCUCAAAGUGGCCAUGGAUCGGGUGGACACCACAAAGGCCACUCCUCGAACGGACGGCGUGGAAACAGCCAAUCCGUCACAAUCGCGCAACAGUCCAACGAACAAUCGCUUAGACAACGAGCCGUGGCCCGGCUGAAGAUGUUCAACUUCAACCUCAACUGGGACCUUCACAUGACGCAGUGCAAACCGUGCGGGCCUAAGAGCAGUGGGAACAUUAUCACUCGCAGGCUGUGCCGUAAUCGGCGUGGCGAGGACAACGAACUCUAUCGCUCGAACAGCUUCAAGUUCGAGCGAUUCGAACGGAAGGAUCCGAUGGAUACGGGAGCACGGACAAUGCUGAGAAAACAGAUAUCCGUCUGUGAUGACUACAGCUUACCGAUUGACUUCGUAAAGAAACGACCGUCCAGUUUUGAUCCUUGCCUCGUACAGCAUAUACCAACCAAUUGGGCCUCACCAAGUCCACAAUCAGAUCAUGUUUCAUUUCUAGAACCAUUAAUACUGCAACAACCAUUGUCAGCGGUUCCGACCAUCGUCAACAAUAGCAUACCGGCAAGCGCAACACUUACAUCGGGCAUUCCAGCAGGUGGUGGUACCAUCGGUCGUCCAUCGCUUCCCUUAGUACCGUCUGCUUCCGGUCCAUCCCUGUGUCAGCCGCAAACGGUACCGGAUGCAGCGGCUACUGCUGCCGCCAAUACUGUCGCCAUCAAGACACUGGAAGAGAUCUUCGACACGCAUCGCAGCUAUAAAGCUACCGGGAGACACCGCGCAAGGAGUCGUACCCGCCGACCGGACAGUGGUUCGGAGGUGAAAUAUAUAAAUCAAAAUUUUAGUUCCGGUUCAUCUGCACCGGUGUCCUCGGAGGAGGAGGACAACGACGAAGAGGAGGACGAGCUAAGUAAGAUACCGGAGCUCAACUCUCCGGAUAGUAUAUCGGACGAUUUGGUACAGCCACUUCCACUACGCCAAAGCCCGGUAAAGACCACUGGUCCAGAUACAGCCAAAAGAAAUCCUUCCCCCUAUUACUAUUCGGAUCUCCUCAAAAAUAAACAGCGAGAAAAGGAAGCAACCGAUCGUGAAGUUACUCAGGAAGUUGUUGGUCGGGAAGAACUUGCUCCAAAACCCACUACAUCGUCACAAACACCGACCGGCGGUGGAACUACACGACAGGGUCGUGAAGCCGGUGUACGCUAUAAGAAAAGUAGCAGCUUAGACACACCGGGAGCGGAGAAAGAGGUUUGCCUACCGAAGCGUUACUCCAUCACAGAGGAAGGUGUGCGUAUCAUCCGGUGCGACUCACCGUCCACGACUACCUCGGACGAUUCGGACUGCUCCGAAUGUUGCAAGCGGCGGGCCUGGCAUGCGCAAGCAUUAGCCAUCACACGUGCAAGCUGUAACAUUGGUCCCCAGGUCGAUGCUAGUUCGAUGCCACCGCACCGAUUGCUAGGACCAGCGGCAGUCUGUGCCUGUGCGACGCCGGCCUUCGGCGAUGAUAACGAUGAACUCUUCCGUCCGCGAAGUAUAUUCUACGUGCACCAACCGGGCGCCGAAGACUGUGCCGACUGUGCGCUAAGCGCUGAUCCUGCCGCCCUAGCGCCAAACGCAGCCGUACCGGACGAGAUGGCGAACGUGCGCACCCGCCAAAUCUACGAGACAGCGUUCGAUUCAAAGAUUACCCGGUCGGACGAUGAUCUGGACGAGGUGGACCGUAUCACGAACCAGAGCGUGCUGCUACAGUUGACGAAAAGUAACAGCAGCAGUGCGAGCAAUAUGGUCUCCGGCCAGAGUCGCAGCAAGCGGCUGGAGACGAAGCGUACCAAAGCAGCUGCCAGUAAAACGCCUUCCACUAGUCAGCCUGCACCGAUCGGUGGGCCAGAUGUUGAAGGGCCGGAUGAGAAUGCCAAAGCGGAUCAGCUGUUGGCACAAGACCUUCAGGAGAAGUUACAGAUCGACAAACAAAUGGACAAUAUCGCAAACGCAAACUCCACGUCUUCCUCACAGCUUCCCUUGCGGGGAUACACACCGUCCCCUCCCUCCACUGCACCGCUGCCGAUGAAGUUCCCCGGCAAGCACGAGCGGUUCUUCAUCAACAGCAUUAAGAGUGCACCGAAUCUUCCCUCCUCGAACGCGGUUGCCCAGCAUCCACGGCUGAAGGACCUCCGGCUGGACAUACAGAACGUGCGCAACAAUGAAGUUCCUUCGGGUAGCUGCGAUGGUAGCAUGAACGAUGGUGCUCCUUUCAGCCACGGCAGCAAGGUAGGCGAACGGCCCCGAUCAACGCUGUGUCUCGAGCCGGAGCGAGUGCUCGAGCUAAAGCGUGGUCACCGUACGUCACAUCAUCAUCACGGCAAACAGUCAGCACAUCAGCAACGGGGGCGCAAUUUUUCUUCCACGGAAAGUAUGGCCACAUCGAGCAGCGGUGGCAGCAUGGAGUCACUCAAAUCCAGCACCAGCGAGGGUAACCGAAGUACGUCCAGCUCCGAUUCGCGCCAUUCCUCAUCGCUUAGCUCACACAGUUCCGAUUCGGGACCAUCGUUGGCGUUCCCGCUACGCGUGCCGGUAGCCGUGCACAACAAGCUGAAUAUUCUGAGCCCGAUCUCGGACAAGUCAUCCCAGGAACCGGGAUCCGAGACGUCCGACAUUAACAAUCGCAACAACAACUCCCAGAAACAAUCACCGGUGGAUGGAACGGGAGUGAGCGUAGUGAGUACAACUACCGCGGGAGGUACCUUGACUUCCAUGGUCAAGAAGGAUGGCGAAGAGAGCGUCACAAACGCUGGUGUAUGUGCCGUAGGUACGGAGGCUGUGAAAACGAGCGUCACAAAGAGACGUUCUGCACCGAAUAAGGCUUUGUUGCUAAUAACGGGUCCCGAAAUACAAGGCUCCGACAGUGGAAUAUCUCUCCACUCACGCGAGGACCUAAAAUCUCGAACGAACUUUUUAAACGCCAGCAUUCAGCGUGCUUCACUCGGGCAGGACAAGCAAAGUGACCACGGCAAAGGCCAGGCAGGACUUCCGCAGGACCUAAACGAUCUUCCUUUCGACAUGCCAAAGUUACGAAGGAGAAGAGCACACUUGCAGCAGGAACCUUGCACAUCUGGCAGUGUCACAUCGGUGGACGUGGGUGAUUUACCCUUCGAUAUGCCGAAACUGAGGCGUCGUUUGCGAUUGUCGCAAAAUCAGCAACAUCAGCAGCAACAGCAGCUGCUGCAGCAGCAUCAGUUGCAGCACCCAUUCCCUGGCACUGCGUCGACGUCGGGCGGUAUGUUGCUGCAGACGAGCACCGAAUCGAGCGGCCUGUCACAAGCCUCGUCCAGCCUGUCGAUGCGAGACUCCGAUAGCAAGCUGGCACUAGCUGGAGGUUUCUUCAAGCAAAGUUUAACGCUUAACUUAAACGAGUGUGGCAAUCGGCCACCGAAAAAGUUUGGCACACUGGAUCUGGGCCUCAAUCUUGGCUCGAAUCGGCCAAACGUAGACCUCAUCGAUGCAACCAUUCCACUCGAUCGGCAAGGCUGGUACCACGGUUCCAUCAGCCGGAUCGAUGCCGAAAAAAUCCUUCGACCACUGUCGGAGGGAAGCUUCCUGGUGCGCAACAGCGAAUCAACACGUCAGGAUUAUUCACUCACUUUAAAGAGCGCCAAAGGCUUCAUGCACAUGCGGAUACAGCGCGAUGCCGACUCGGGCCAAUUCAUACUCGGCCAGUUCAGCCGCCCGUUUCCAACGAUACCGGACAUGAUCAGGCACUUCUGCUUGAAUCGCUUACCGGUGCGUGGUGCCGAGCACAUGUGUCUUCUCGAACCGGUCAUCGCGCAAAUCCUCUGA